AUGUCGAGCACAACCCCGUCGAGGGAUCAGCUGUCCAUCACGCCUGAGCCACAACGUGUAUAUUUAUCAACAUAUACAAGGUUCAGCAAGGGUCGGAAACUGCUGGUGACCGCAUUCCUUGCCUACUGCGGCUUGCUGGCCACAAUGUCAACAACCAGUGUGCUAUCUGCCAUUCCCGAAGUAGUUGAUACGUUCAACACCUCAGCAGCGGUCAUCAGCAUCAGCAACGCAGUCUACCUGGCCUGCAUGGGAGUUUCUGCCUGCCUUUGGGGUCCAUGGGCCGACAUGUUUGGAAGGAGAUCCGCAUACAUCUGGAGCACGUUGUUCUUCCUUUGCUUCUCCAUCGGCACAGCGGUAUCCCCAUCUCUGACAAGUUUCUUCGUCUUCCGAGGUCUCACUGCACUGCAGGGGACGGCGUUUCUGAUUCUUGGGUCUAGCUGCAUCUCGGAUAUUUAUCAUCCUACAGAGCGCGCCACAUCGCUUGGUUGGUUUUUGAGUGGCACCAUGAUUGGCCCGGCCUUUGGGCCGAUUAUUGGCGGUAUUAUCGUUACAUACUCACAUUGGAGGGUCAUAUUCUGGCUCCAAUCUAGCCUUGCUGCAGUGUCGUUUAUUUUUGCGAUAUUUUUCUUCCGGGAAACCAUGCAGGCACCGAUAUCAACCGAGGCCGGUCACGGAAGCGUUGUUCAAUUGAUCGGUGCCGUCGCAAGGAAGUUUAACCCUUCCAUGGUCUUUAAACUAUACAUGCAAAAACACAUGCUCUUCGUUAGCCUAGCCUCGUCCGCCCUCGUUUGGAACAUGUACUCGCUUCUCACUCCUAUUCGCUAUGUUCUGAAUCCUCGCCUGAAACUAGCAACCCCCCUGGAGUCAGGCCUGCUAUACAUCUCCCCCGGAGCUGGUUACAUACUUGGAACUCUUAUCGGCGGCCGGUGGGCUGAUCACACUGUCAAGAGGUGGAUGGUUAAGCGUGGAACGAGGUUGCCUGAGGACCGCCUACGUAGCAGCUUGGUAUUUCUCGGGAUUUUGCUUCCAGGCUCAAUGUUGCUGUAUGGAUGGACGGUUGAUGCUCGACUAGGCGGGAUACCUCUCCCAGUGAUCUUCAUGUUCUUCCAGGGAGUUGCGCAGCUCGCUGCAUUUCCCAGCCUAAACACAUACAUCUUAGAUGCGAUGCAAGAUAAAAGCGGCCAGGCUUCAGCAAGUCAUUAUCUUAUGCGAUACCUGUUUGCAGCGCUGGCCAGUGGUCAACUUGUGUUCAGGACGAAUAACGUCACAACCAGCAACGAGCUAGCUACCGGUUUUGUCAAAAUCAGCCGACUUCGAGGGUGCAGAAUGGUUUCCACCGCAAAGUUCUAG